UGCAGCGCUGCAACUCCGCCGAGCCUCCUUAAAACUCUGCCGUUAAAAUGGGGGCGGGUUUUUCAACUCAAAAAGCGCUCAAUUUUUUUCUUUUCAAAAAAAGCUGAUGAGGUCGGAAAAGGGAGAAGGAACCGGCACCGUCUCUGCAGCAGCAACAGAAGCAGCAAUUGUUUGACCGAAAAAAGAAGCAAAGGAGGGAGGGAAGGAAAAGAGCAGAAAAGGGGACAGCGCUCAAGUGUCUAUAGGGGUGAAAGGUGCGGGGACCAGCGAUUUGGGGGAACCAGCUACAAAAGAAACUGUCACUGGGAGUGCUGCGGCUCGGAAGGAAGCAUUGCUAUUCACCUCGGCUCCAGGGCACAGCUGGCUGGUGGCCGCUGCCCUGUCGGCGGCAAAGGCUGGGGGCACAGGCCUGGGGACCGCAAGAAGUUGGCGAAGUGGCACCGGGCGCUGCAGCUGCUGGGCUCUUGCCGAGAGGGGCUGUGGGACUGGCUGCGCCCUGGGACUGUGGUGACUCCCCAUACUCAACUUGGCCUGCGCUCCCCCAGGACCGUCCUGAUCUCCGGAGACCCUCAGAAAACCGGGAAAGGAAGGAAAAGACGGCGGCGGCAGUUCAAUGAGCGUCUGCAGUAGGAAGUCUGAACUUGCUCGGUCGUAGGCGGGAAGUUACCGGUGGGCUGCCCCGUGCAGCCGCGAUGCUGCCGCGUGCUGCCCCAGCAGCCCUGGCCACAUAGACGCUUCCCGCAUCGCUCUCCCUUUCCUCACGCUGCUGAGUCCCGGGACCCGGUAGGGCCGGCAUGACCCGCUUGCCCGGGGCCCGCCGCGCGCCCGGCCGUCUCCGAGGACGCGCGCCGAGCCUGGCUCCCACGGCCUCUGAGGCUCGGCGGGGCUGCGACAGCCCAGCGGGCGAGCUCCGGAGCCUUCCCGCGCGGCGUUAGUCCGCUGCUCGGCCGGGACGCCAAGAAAGGCUCCUCCCAAGAAGCCGAGGCCACUGAGGAGUCGUUAAGACCUGUAACUUGAGGGCCACGGAACUGCUACUCCCGUUUGCUUUGGGCGAUCAUCUUUAACCCCCCGGAGUACGUCAGCAUCCAGCCACAGCUGCGCUCUCCCUGCAGCGGAGGACUCAGGACUACCCCUUCGGGCGUGACGGAUGGAGACCGAGCCUCUCGGAGGACCUGCCCCUACACUUCUGGCUCGCGCCGCUCAAGUCGCCACCGUGAACAAGGGACCCUAAAGAAUGGCCGAACCUUGGGGGAACGAGUUGGCGUCCGCAGCUGCCAGGGGGGACCUAGAGCAACUUACUAGUUUGUUGCAAAAUAAUGUAAACGUCAAUGCACAAAAUGGAUUUGGAAGGACUGCGCUGCAGGUUAUGAAACUUGGAAAUCCCGAGAUUGCCAGGAGACUACUACUUAGAGGGGCUAAUCCCAAUUUGAAAGACGGAACUGGUUUCGCUGUCAUUCACGAUGCAGCCAGAGCAGGUUUCCUGGACACUUUACAGACUUUGCUGGAGUUUCAAGCUGAUGUCAACAUCGAGGAUAAUGAAGGGAACCUGCCCUUGCACUUGGCUGCCAAAGAAGGCCACCUCCCGGUGGUGGAGUUCCUGGUGAAGUACACCGCCAGCAAAGUGGGGCAUCGGAACCAUAAGGGGGACACCGCCUGCGACUUGGCCAGACUCUACGGGAGGAACGAGGUUGUUAGCCUGAUGGAGGGAAGCCGGGCGGAGGGAGCUGAGAAUCAGCAAUGAAUGUGGGGAGGGCUCUCCCACACUGCCUUGUAUUUUGUCAGUUCAAUGGUUGGCUGUACGAUUUUAAUAUCGUUUGUUAAAAUUCAGUUUUGUCAUAUUUUAAGCAGCUAGUUGAAUCUUCUGAAACUGCUAAGCGGAAAUCUUACUACAGGCUUACAAAUAUAUUUAAGCAACAUCUUUUUCACCUGCAAAAUCCUGAGUUCUAACAUGUAAUUGCAAAUAGCUUUGACUGUCUUCUGAAUAUUUUAUCUUUCCUUGACAUUUUCCUUGCUUCUUCCUUUGCCAGUCUCAAUACCUAACUUGGAGAGUUUGUUUUAAAAAUGGUUGGUUUGGGCUGGCCGAGUGGCGCGAUGGUUGGGGGCUGGCUUGGGAUGCCAGAGGGCCCCGGUUCGGAUCCCACAUAUGAGGCCCAGUGACACUGCCCUCCAAAAAAAAAAAUGGUUGGUUUGUCCUGAUGCUUCUCUUGCCUCAUUAAAACACUUUUUUUCAAAACAGGA